UGGGCCGCUGCCGGCCAAUGGGCGCUUGGGGAGGCGCGGGGCCGCGGCGGCGGGCAGGGGGCUCGGCGCGCCCGGGCGUCAGUCCGGCCGCGGCGACGGCGGCAGGAGCGCGUCCCGGCGCCGCCUAAGGCUGCGCUCGGCGCGCGGACUGUGAGGAGAAGGCGAGCGAGGCUGGCGCGGGGUCGGCGGCCGGACGCAUGGCUUAGGACGCCCCGCCGCCGCGCCCCAGCAUGGGGAAACUUCACUCGAAGCCGGCUGCUGUGUGCAAGCGCAGGGAGAGCCCGGAAGGUGACAGCUUUGCUGUAAGCGCUGCUUGGGCAAGGAAAGGCAUCGAGGAGUGGAUCGGAAGGCAGCGCUGUCCAGGCAGCGUCUCAGGACCCCGUCAGCUGAGAUUGGCAGGCACUGUUGGCCGAGGCACUCGGGAACUCGUGGGUGACACUUCUAGAGAGGCUCUCGGUGAGGAGGAUGAGGACGACUUCCCAUUAGAAGUGGCCCUGCCGCCUGAGAAGAUUGACAGCCUAGGCAGCGGAGAUGAGAAGAGAAUGGAGAAACUGAGCGAACCCGGCCAGGCCUCCAAGAAGCAGCUCAAGUUUGAAGAGCUGCAAUGUGAUGUUUCUGUGGAGGAGGACAGCCGGCAAGAGUGGACUUUCACUCUGUAUGACUUCGACAACAAUGGCAAAGUCACCCGUGAGGACAUUACCAGUUUGCUGCACACCAUCUAUGAGGUGGUGGACUCCUCUGUGAACCAUUCCCCCACAUCAAGCAAGACCCUGCGAGUGAAGCUCACCGUGGCCCCUGACGGAAGCCAGAGCAAGAGGAGUGUCCUUUUCAACCAUGCCGAUCUGCAGAGCACAAGGCCCCGAGCAGACACCAAACCUGCUGAGGAGCUGCGUGGCUGGGAGAAGAAGCAGCGAGUCCCUCUCAGGUUCCAGGGUGACAGCCACCUGGAGCAGCCAGACUGCUACCACCAUUGUGUGGAUGAGAAUAUCGAGAGGAGAAACCACUACCUAGACCUGGCGGGGAUAGAGAACUACACGUCUCAGUUUGGACCCGGCUCCCCUUCGGUGGCCCAGAAGUCAGAGCUGCCCCCUCGAAUCUCCAACCCCACUCGCUCUCGCUCCCACGAGCCAGAAGCCGCCCACAUCCCACACCGGAGGCCCCAAGGUGUGGACCCGGGCUCCUUCCACCUCCUUGACACCCCCUUUGCCAAGGCGUCAGAGCUCCAGCCACGGCUCCGGGCCACUCAGGAUGGGAGCAAGCACUUUGUGAGGUCCCCCAAGGCCCAGGGCAAGAACAUGGGUAUGGGCCACGGGGCCAGAGGUGCAAGAAGCAAGCCCCCACUGGUGCCCACCACCCACGUCGUGGCCCCCUCUGCCCACUUGGCCUCCGGCCCAGCCCUCCUCCCCACCCUGGCACCCCUGGGGCACAGAAAGCAGAAGCAUCGAGCCAAGGAGAGCCAGGCAAGCUGCCGGGGCCUGCAGGCCCCACUGGCCGCAGGAGGCGCCACCGCCAUGGGGCGGGAGCAGGGGAGGGAGCUGCCUGCUGUGGUGGUGUAUGAGAGCCCGGCUGGGCAGGCCGUGCAGAGACAUGAGCACCACCACCACCACGAACAUCACCACCAUUACCACCACUUCUAUCAGCCCUAGGCCUCCCCGGGCUGCCACAGGAAGGACCCACCCUACACCCUAAGGCAUUAUUAUUCUAUUAAUUAUUGUUAUUAUGGCAAUUAUUGUUAUUAAUAAUUAUUGUUACUCCACUAAUAUUUAGCCAGCCUUCAUGUAGAAGACAUGUGGAAACACGGAAGUAAACUUUUAUUUAUACGUCGUGGGGAUCGUGUAACUCACCCAAGAAGUGACUCUGGGUUUGGAAGGGUCCUUGGGACACCCCAGCUGCAGGGUCCACACAGAUCUUCCCAACCCACAGGAGCCCAACCCCCCACUUCGGCUCUUCCAGGAGAGCACCCUUGCCUGGCCCAGCUUCGAGACCCUCAAGAGCUCCAGAGGACAACAGCUGCUACCUCUCAGUGUUAUUCUGGUUCAACUUCGCCCUUAAUUGAUUGUAACAUGCUACAGGAGAUUUCGGUGGACUGCCAUUGCGCCCUCGCUCCCCUUGUGUUCUCAUGCCUCAACCUAGACACCCUAGCUGUGUUUCCCAGAGUUAUUGCCUCCCCUUUCCAAAGGAACUAGUCCUUGUCCCAAGCCAGCCCCAUGCUUUCUCCUUUCCUUGACCAUGCACAGUGUGGAAGCACCUCCUCUUCCUGUGCCCCCCUUGGCUUUUGAAGGAUGCACCUGUGUUUAAGGAUUGUCCUUGUAGCCAGCCUUCUCAGUUUGGAAACUACUACAGAGAGAAGCAGUCACAUAAAGAGGCGUGGGUUUCCCAAGAUGGCACCAUUGUGUGACGGAGGGUGUGAAACCUGAGUCCGCCAUCACCAGAUAGCUCGAGGCUCUCCAGCAGUCUUUGUAGCUCUAGGUAGAUGCUGCCUAUCCGUGUCUCUUUAUCUUUCUAUAAAUACACUCUCAGGUAUCUUUGCUGGUAUGCAGAAAUCACUGCACUGCUCUGUGGAAGCUCCUGCAACCUAGACGUACCCCGUGUGUUUCCUUUACAGGCUGUCUGUCCAUCACACGAAAGCAGCCAUCUCCGUCUCACUUCCCUGGGUCUGAAGUCUGCAGUUUUGGAGAAACCUGCUUGGGUAUAGAGGCUUAGGAUGGAAUGGCGGUGGCAGCUGAGACACUGGGCAGCAUCCUUGGCAGAAUAGGGUUUUAUCUGACAAGAGUCCAGGGGACCAGAAAAGGUUCACUGUCACGUAGUUGGGGCCCAGACAAAAAUCAGAUUACACUCCCAGGUUGAGUAAUUUGAGGAUUGCUCAGCAAGGAUGACUGCCAACACUGAAGCAAAGGCUGAGGGGCAGCGAAACCCAGCCCAGCACUGAGACCACUGCACCUCUAUACAUGAAGGGAAGGAUCGAGAGGCACCCAGGAGUCAUGACAUUAAUUCAGAGAACAUAGCAGGCUGUGUGAGUGAGUGAAUGAAUGAAUGAAUGAAUGAAUUGAUGAAUUUAUCCAGAGGGAGUGAAUGCCCCAUUCCCUCCCUUGCCUGUUUCAUAUCCUUCUCUAGUAGCAUCCGAUGAAGGCCUUGAGAGGGGUUGGGCUUUUAUUCUUGAGGAUCCAGAAAGAGUCUGACCCCAGAAGGAAAUGUGGCUGCCUGUCUCCUGAGUUUAGCACGGUUGAUGAGCAUGUGCUUCUGAAGGUAGUGAGCAUUCGUUGUCUUCAUGGUGUUAGUUUCCCCGACUGCCGGUGUGCCUGGGUCUGGUUGGUGCCAUCCUCAGGACAUCUCCAUGAGGAAGCAGGAAGUAGAAGUCCCGGGAACGUGUCUGUGGCUCAGAGGGGUCAAGAACCUACUUGACACACAUGGUAGGUGGCAGUGCUGGGCCUUCGCCUUCAGGAUCCCUAACAUGGUGGGAUAUGAGCCCCGAGUCUUCCUCAUGGGAAGCUGUGAGUCUCUGUUUGGCUAGAAUCCAAGUCAGGAGACACUGCCACCUCCCACGGGACUGCGACCACACCAAAUGGGCAAGGCAUCGUGGGAGCUUGGUUUGAGAUGACAGGAUCCAGUAUGAAUGAAACAGUUUCUGUCCCUGAGUCACUCUGUGUCAGCAGGCCAGAGCAACUGACAUUCUGGGUCCAAGACCAAGAGGAAAGAAUUUCUGGGAGACAAAACCUGAUGGGGGAAUUGGGCUUGACUGGGCUUGGGGAAGGUAGUCACCCCUGGACCAAUUACACUGGUCAUCUAGUGUGUGCCCACCUGCUACAGGAGGCAAGGUCACCAUGAUGAGGACAGGGACAGGGGGACCAGCAAACACAAAACCAAUGGCCUUCAGGGCCAAAAUUGCCACGGGCAGCUGCCUAGGGACUGGAAGCCACUGGUUUUAGAACACAGAUCCUCUAACUGGGAAAGGAGGUCCCCUGCUGCUGCAGGAUUUUGUUAACUUCUUGCUAACUCUUAAAAGUCACUUAUAAAAAUAGUACCGCGUUCACCUGUAAGAGAUCAAGGUAGCGCCUAGAGGCUUAGAGUCAAAGGUAAGUCAGCAGGCUCUGUCUCACGUGCUCAGUCUCCAGAGAUCCAGCCCAACAUCCUGGUCCCUGUGGCCUCCAGGACCAGGAGUGCAGUGUGGUGGUUGUAACACCAACUGGUGCCUGGCUGUGGGCGCUCGAGGCCUGACUCCCCUUCCUCAUAGCACGCACUGCAAGUGAAGUGCUGUGCCUUGGUUUCUCCCUUGUGGGUACUUUCCAGAUGUUAGCCAUCUUCGUUACCAGAAUAAAAGCAUUUUAUAGAA